AUGACUAGUGUAAAUGAGUUGAUGAAGGUAGGUCAAGAGUUAGGGUAUACAGAUGAAGCUUUGAGAAACUUUGUUAAAGAGGAGCAAGCAAGGGAGCGUGAAGAAAGACAUACUGAGAAGGAUAGGUUAGAAUUAGAAGCUAGGUUAGCAAAAGAGAAGUUAAGUAAUGAGAAAGAGAAGUUAGAUUAUGAGUUUAAGAUUUCUAGGGAGAAGUUAGAUUAUGCUCGUCAAUUAGAAAGAGAGAAGGAGGAAGCAGAAGCUAGGAAGUUAGAUACAGAAUAUAAGAUGAAGAUAGAGUUAGAUAUGUUAGGUAAGAAGAGUGUAGGUAAGGUAAAGGUUAAGAUGACUCCAUUUGACGAAAAGAUUGAUUCUAUGGAUGCGUAUUUGAAUGUUUAUGAAACUUAUGCGUCUGCUCAGAAUUGGGAACAUGAAAUGUGGUCACUAAACUUACCGUUUCUGUUAAAAGGUACUGCUAGGGAGGUAUUUGAUAGGCUUCCAUUAGAAGAUAGGACGGAUUAUGAUAAGCUGAAAGAUGCUUUGUUAAGGCAGUUUGAGUUGACUGAUGAUGGGUAUAAGAAGAAGUUUAGGACUGAAAGGCCCCGUGAAAAUGAGACUUUUGUUAUGUUCCUAGCUAGAAUUUCUAGAUACUUAGAUGGGUGGCUAAGAUUGAGUAAGGUGGAGAAGACUUAUGAAAAGUUGUUAGACUUCAUAGUAAGGGAUCAAUUUUUAGAUUUCUGCAAUAGAGAACUAUAUCAGAACCUUAGUAGUAAGAAGUUGUUUUCAGCCCGUGAAGUAGCGGAAGAUGCAGAUUUGUUUGCCAAGACUAGAGGAGGUCCGAAGUAUGUAGUGAAUCAUGGAAUUAAAGAAAGAGCUAAGCCUUAUGUACUGCCGAGUAGACCUGUAGAUAGAAAUCAAGGUAGUAGUUAUCGUAUGCAAAGAGGUAACGAUAGACUGGUAAAUAGAGGUAGAGCAUCUCAGCAGUAUGAAGGUUAUAAAUGCACAUAUUGUGGUCGUUUAGGGCAUACAGCAUUUUUCUGUAGAAAUAAGGCUACAAAUAAAGCUAACGCAGCGGAAGACAUAGAACCGAACUCAAUGAAUCCAAGUAAGAAUGAUAAUAGUUAUCAGGAUAAUAGAAGGCGAGGAGGUUAUAGAGGUAGGAGUAGAGGUAGAGGAAGAAAUAGAGAUGCAGAUUCGAAAAUUUCGAUGCCGAGAUCAGAUAGUGGUAGUAGUUUGAUAGAACUUGGGGAUUUUGAAGACGUGGGUACAGUUACUAUAAAUUCAUGUCCGACAACUAGAGGUAUAUGUAAUGGUAAAUCUAUAGUUGCAAUGAGAGAUACUGGGUGUACAUGUGUCAUAGUACGAAGGAAUUUGGUAAAUGCAAAUCAAUUGUUAGGGAAGUCCAGACGAUGUAAGUACAUUAAUGGUAGUGAGCACAGAUUAGACAUGGCGUUAAUUGAUCUUGAUUGUCCGUAUUACAGGGGUACUGUAGAAGCAUUAUGUGUAGAUAAUCCUACAAAUGAUGUAAUUAUCGGUAACAUAGAGGGUGCUGUAGAACCAAAUUUUGGUAAGUUAGCUUCAGCAGUAGAAACAAGAUCGCAGAGUAAAGUUAAAGCUCAUAGAAGACUUAAAGUUCCUUCACAGAUUUUAGACAUCACUAAUGUAGAGUUUGUAGAGAAGCAGCAGGCAGAUAGUUCAUUAGAUGGAUGUAGAAAGAAAGCAGAGGAAGGUACUGUUAGAAACUGUAGAGGUAAAGGGCAAGUGAAGUUUCAGAUCAGGAAUAAGAUGUUGUUUAGAGAGUUUACGGCAGGAAAUGGUGACGUAAGUAGGCAGUUAGUAGUUCCUAAGGAUCUUAGGGAGACUGUGUUAAAAGUAGCGCAUGACUCGCUUUUGGCAGGACAUCUUGGUAUUAGGAAGACAAGUGAUAGAGUCUUAGGGGAGUUUUAUUGGCCAGGUGUUCUUGUAGAGGUUAGACGAUAUUGUCAGUCUUGUGAUAUUUGUCAACGUACUAUUUCUAAAGGUAGAAUAAGUAAGGUAACUUUAGGUAAGAUGCCUUUGAUUGAUACUCCUUUUAAGAGAGUUGCCGUUGAUAUUGUUGGUUCCGAUCGAACCUAUGACUGA